CGCGACGAUUCAUUCUACUUCUCUAUCGUAAUAUUCUUGGUCGAGAACACCCUCUUCAAGAUACCCAGCCACGUUUUGAGUGACCACUCCGAUGUCUUUCAGGCUAUGUUCUCGCUUCCAACAGGCGAAAGCAUCGCCGAGGGCCUUACUGACGAUAACCCCGUCGCACUCAAAGGCAUUACCAGCUUCGACUUCAAGCAGCUCCUCAAGGUCCUUUAUUCUCGGGCUGUCCUCCCUCCUUGGACGUCGACGAUCCCGAACCAGGUCAGCGGCCAACUCCCCAUGACCCUCGAGGAGUGGACUCCUGUGCUCCGACUUUCCGACCAGUGGAACAUGACUGCAGUACAUCAAUUCGCAAUCGAAAAGAUGGCGGUGAUGAGCAUGGACCCCGUCGACCGCCUCGCCCUCGCCCUCGAGUUUGACAUCAAGCCUUGGAUGAUGCCUGCGCUCAACGCGCUUGCACAGCGCCCGGAACCCAUGGCGCGACGCGAUGUUGACAAACUAGGGCUGGACGUCGUGCUGCAGAUCGCCGAAGUACGCGAGAGUUUC